UCCAAGCUCCUCUAAAGACGCAGAUCUUCACUCGCCGACCCAUCUCUCAUGCGCGCACUCACUCAACUCGUCGUUUGGAGAUACACCUUCACGAGCGAGUUUGGAGAGUAUUUUCGAUCGUUUUCGAUUCACAUUUUUUCCCGCUAACUAAAGAUUUUUACGAUUUUUCAUUGUAGGAUUUUCAUUGUAGGAUUGCGGAUUUGGCCGAGUUGGAGUUCAUGCAGAAUGGAGGAUGAGUUAAGAAACUCGCGUUUGUGGCGAGGACCCCACUGUGAAUGUGUCCGCAGGUAGAAGCGCUCUGAAGUGAAGGUGUCAACGGUUGGAUCUAAUCUCUCUCUGCACGCUUUUUGUUCGUUUACUUGUUUGACACAUUUCUACAUCUCUGUUGCCUUUACACUUUGAAUGGGAACUUCGGAGAAAAAGUAGGCCACUAGCCUUGAGAAAACCGGCAAAAGUUUACUGCUGACGUUUCUUGCCAGAGGCAUCAAGUUUCCUGUGAAUGUUUUAUUUGUCAUUAAGUGUUUCCGCUAAAUCACGCCCACGUUUGUUAAAGGCACUAAUUAUUCCGAUUGCUUUUGGACAUUGUAAAUAGCAGCCUGCUCUCUUCACAAGCUGUCCUCUCUCCAGUCUCGCGCAAGGAGCGCGUUCACUGAUUACCUAUCGCCCAUGCAAGUCUACCAACACCAAGCCCCAUCAGCUGCAGGGCCAUUGUCAUCAUCACCGUUAUUCAACAUAAAUCGGACACUUUACCGUCCAGCUCGAUCUCGGUAGUACUCUUUGGAUAGUACAAAACCCGUGGCCUGCUCCAGGAAAGAAAGUAGACUUAAAUUCACCAGGGACUGCAUUGGAAUUAUUCAGGUGAUCAUCAUUUCCAAAAGUGGAUUAUUGUUCCAGUCGCGCACGCUGUUCACCUAGAUCGACUCCACUAUGUAUCCAAGGCUGGGCUGUGUGUGUCGGCCCCUGGCACUGCGUGCCUGGUGGCCCUCAGGCGGGGUGCUGGACUCCAGACACUGUGUCUUUGCCCUCACACUCCUGACCCUGCUCAUGCAGGUCGUGGUGGAGGCCAACUCCUGGUGGUCUCUGGCCAUGAAUCCCCUCCUGAUCCCAGAGGCCUACAUCAUCGGCGCCCAGCCCCUGUGCAGCCAGCUGCUGGGGCUGUCCCAGGGCCAGAAGAAGCUGUGCCAGCUCUACCAGGACCACAUGCAGUACAUCGGCGAGGGCGCCAAGACGGGGAUCCGGGAAUGCCAGUUCCAGUUCCGCCACCGCAGGUGGAACUGCAGCACGGUGGACAACUCCUCUGUCUUUGGCAGGGUGAUGCAGAUAGGAAGCAGAGAGACGGCGUUCACCUAUGCCAUCAGCGCAGCGGGGGUGGUGAACGCGGUGAGCCGCGCCUGCAGAGAGGGGGAGCUCUCCAGCUGCGGCUGCAGCCGCGCGGCGCGCCCCAAGGACCUGCCGCGCGAUUGGCUGUGGGGCGGCUGCGGCGACAACCUCAUGUACGGCUACAGGUUCUCCAAGGAGUUUGUGGACGCGCGCGAGAGGGAGAAGAGCUUCCCCAAAGGCUCGUACGAAAGCUCCAGGCUGCAGAUGAACAUCCACAACAACGAGGCAGGGAGGAGGACUGUGUCGGACCUGGCCCACGUCUCCUGUAAGUGUCACGGCGUGUCCGGCUCCUGCAGCCUGAAGACCUGCUGGCUGCAGCUGGCCGACUUCCGCAAGGUGGGCGACGCCCUCAAGGAGAAGUACGACAGCGCCGCCUCCAUGAAGCUCAACUCGCGAGGCAAGCUGGUCCAGCAGCACAGCAAGUUCAACGCCCCCACCAGCAACGACCUGGUCUACAUCGACAGCAGCCCAGACUACUGCCUGGCCGACCAGAGCACCGGCUCCCUGGGCACCGUGGGCCGGCUCUGCAACAAGACCUCUGAGGGGAUGGAUGGGUGCGAGCUCAUGUGCUGUGGGCGGGGUUACGACCAGUACAAGGCCCAGAUAGUGGAGAGGUGUCACUGUAAGUUCCACUGGUGCUGCUACGUCAAGUGCAAGCGCUGCACCAAAACUGUGGACCAGUUCGUCUGCAAGUGAGGAGAGCUCGCGCGUGUGUGUGUGUGUGCGCGCACGUGUUUCCGCAAGAGGAGGAUUCCAUGGUGUCAAAGAGAAAGAAUGAGAGAGAGAACGAAAGGAAGACAAAAAACAAUAUAAAUUAUAUUUAUAGAGUUAAACAAUUAUACCGUUGCAAGAGACUGACACUUUUGUUUUAGUUGCAAAAAAAUAUUCUUACGUCUUCGGAAACUGAGAAAUAUCGUGAAAUAUUUAUUUUCUGAGUUCAUUUUUAUUUUUUAUUUUUUUGCCCAAUCAUGACAAACUUAUUUUAACCCUUAUGCUUUAACCUGUCUGCAAACAAUUGGCAGGUUUGGUUUCUAGUCCAACACAUCCCAUCAGGCAUUUGGCAUGUCGUCACCAUGACUGUGAAAUAGGACUACUCAUCCUUUUUCAUACAAAUAGUUUGAUUUUGUAUCCGAUAUCAAGCACCAACACAAGAUGAUGACAACACUGAGAUGACACGUAAAUAUUCCACUGCAUUGAUCUCUCUAGUCAUGAAUCCACAGGCUCGGUACCAAGCCUAACCCCAUCCUCUCAGCCCUUCCUGCGUCCUGCUCCAGCUGUGUGGGGGAGGCUGCAGGCUGGAGGGGAGAGGGGGGGUGGGAGGGCAUUAUUGGGAGCGGGGCCCUAGCGCCCCCCAUCCUGUGUGAGCUAUCAGAUCUAGUUGAAGAUGCUUGAGCUAGCCCUCUAGCAAAUGCACUUUGAACCAGUGGCCUUAACCCAGACUGGAUGUCCAGUAGUUUAAACUCAGUAAUAUACCAUAUUAUAGUUUACCUUAUUUUCCAUAUUACUGCAGAUAUUCACAUAACAUAUAUGAUACUUACAUGGUUUGAAUAUAUAUGGGCAAUUUUGUGGUUGCGCAAUGGUGAAUUACUCAUUUUUCUGUGUAUAUAGUACGUCUAACCAACCAAUCAUUAAAUUGUAUGUAUUUAUUUUCUUUUAUUCAGAUCCUCUUUUAAAGCUUUUAGGACAAAAAUGACAGCAACAAACCCACCUCAGUUUGUCUUUUGGACGUUCUCCAAAUCACUUCUUCUGAUUCACUUUCACUCUAAUUAGGGCUUCACUGUACACUGUGUUCUUAAAGGGAAAGGCACCUUCUGUUUAUCACAGAUGUUCAUCAAAGUUGUCACUUUUUUUCUUUUUUUUUUUCUUCACCUGCAUUUCACAUUUGUUAGAAUCGUUUCCACAUUGCUAAAUACCACUCAGUUACUGCUCACUGUCCCUGUGAUUCUUGUUAACACACAUUAACCAAUCCAACCUGUAUAUUUAUAACUUUCUCGAAUUAAGUGAGGUUUGCUAAACAUAAUGACUUAUAGCUGUUCUUUUGUUGCUUUAUGAAAUUGGAUUCAUUGCUCUACUUUGUCUCAAUAAAUAUCCAAACAAUAAACCAGCACACUAGUGUUUAACUUUUCAUGAACAUA